GAAUUGGAAUGUCUGGCCUUAAAUGCAGAAACAGAAAAAGUAGCAGACAGUAUUAAUAUAAAAGACUCAACAGUCCACGUAGGAAAUGUUUUUAACAUAGGCAUAAAUCAACCAUCAAGUUCAACUGAUAAAAAUGAUUCAGAAUCUUUUCAGAUACAGAGAGUAUCUUUAAUGAAUUACUACAAAACUAAAAAUGCUUACAUGAAAUCUUUGUUGUGGAGUGAAAGAAAUAAAGAAUUUCCUUUAAAAGACUACUUCGUCGAACUUACUGUUCAGGAAGCAGAUUUAUUAGGGAAAAAGGCAGGAGAAACUAUUCAGUUUACUAAUAUUUUUCCAAAAUCAGUUGACGGACAUGUUGUAAUGUUAGUCACUGGUGAUCCCGGUUAUGGCAAAAGUACCUUUUGUAAGAAGAUAGCUUAUGAUUGGGGUGCCGAUACAUCCCGUACCAAUUACUUAGGACAUUAUGAUUUUACUGUCGUCGUUAUUUUGCGAGAAUUAAAGAAAAGUAUAACUGAUGAAAUUCUCCAACGUAUCUGUGAAAACACGGAUACCGAUUCUAGAGAUAAGUUAAGACAAAGAGAAUUUAAUUUAUUAAUCAUUUUGGAUGGAUUCGACGAAACAAAUGAUAAAGAUUUAAUUAUACAGUUUAUUGAAAAAGAUUCAUUUUAUAUUUCGAAACAAAUGACAAUUGUUGUUACUUGCCGUCCUUACAUUGCCGAAAAUAUAAGAGAAAACGUAAAUAUGAGAUUCAUUAUUGAAGGAUUUUCACAAGAACUGAAAAAAAAGUAUAUUAAAUUAAUUAUUAAUGAUGAUAAUGGCAAACGGGAUGAACUUAUAAACUUGAUAAAAUUCAGCCAUUUUUAUUGUACAUUAGCUGAAUGUCCAUUAAUGUUGCAUAUGUUAUGCUGUCUACCACAAACGAAAUACUUUUACAAAAUACAAACAAAGACAGAUUUGUUGAUUCAAAUUUUUCGUCUUGUCAUAAAAAGAUAUAUGAGAAAAAUGGGGAAAAAACAUAAUUUAAUAAAAGGAAAGUUUUUCUAUGGAGAAGACUUACUAGUUAAAUUGGGAAACAUAUAUUUGGAGAAAAUUUCUAAAAUGACUAAAAAAGAUAUACCCACUUCUAUGUACGAGUUUCAGAAAUUCGUAACAUUACCAGUUAAACAGUUAAGAAAACAGUUUCCAGAAGAAAAAGACUACCAAUUUAUAUUAGGAUUAGAUAUUAUUUCACAGUAUUUUGAGUUAGAUGGAAUUAGUUGUUUCGAUUUUAUACAUGGAAUCUGUCUCGACUUUAUUAUCAGUCUUUCUUAUUACCAUUCAAUACAACUCGUCCGAAAAGAUUAUAUCGAUUUUGUAGUUAUAAUCUUUCUCAUUGGUCUUUGUGGAGAUGAAAAAUUUUCAAAUGAAUUUAUGUAUGCUAUUCAAAAAACUGUUUAUUAUCCUAUAGUUUGGCUUGAAUGUGUUAAUGAAAUUAAAAAUAUAACCAACAAACAAUUAUUCUGUUCAAAUGCCAAAGUAUAUUUUGAUUUUGCAAGUCUAGAUAUGAUGACAACUAUAUUAGAGCUACCUUACUUUCGACUUUCUCAAAUUUAUUUUCAUUUUCCCGACACAAAACAUCUGUAUGAAAAAAUUAAAAAUACGCUGAUACAUUUACACAACAUUUACAAAAAUUCUGAUAAAUUAGAAAUAUUUCUACUUUUGAAAGGUAGUAUUAAAUUCGUGACAGAAGGGGAUAGAUUUAAUUCUGAAACUUUUCCAGAAAAGAUAUGUGAUAUUCGUCAAUCCGUAUAUCUCAUUCAAAAUUUAAUAAAUAGCUUUAAAUGGGAUAAAUUUACAAUUUUCUUAAGUGGUGUACUUCUUCCUAAACAUGUUUACUGCCCUGUUUUUCCUUACAACAUGUAUAAUUUUUUCAAAGAUAUCGAGAAUCCUGCAGUAAUUCCAGAAGGUCAUAAACUGAAAUUGCAUAAAACAAGUAAAAGCUUUGUUGCUCUUCUUAGCAAGGAUGAUUUAAUUGGAGAAGUCAAAUACUUGAUUUCUACUGAACAAUAUUUGAGUCUAAAAGAUAAUAUCAAGCUAUCAUCUGAUGAUAAAUGAACAGUAAAUAGCAAACAAGAAAUAAUCUUUAAGGCAUAAACUAUAUUUGUAUUUUUAAUAUCAUUGUGAUAUAAUCAUGUUUUAUAAAUUAAUUUAUAAUUAAUAUUUUCUAUAAUAUCAAUUUAAUAUUUUAUACAAUAAAAAUUAUUAAAUACUAAUUACUAUAGUUACCUUUAUAAUAACAAAAACAACGAAUGGAAGAUAUUCUUAUCUAGUCAAUUCUUGUAGUACUAUAAGCUCAAAUGUAAAUUACAAUGAAUUUUAAAAAAAGUAUUACUUACCUUAAAUGUUAUAAAUGGUAUCCAUGAAUUUAUUCUUACGUGAUGUCUUCAUUUAUUGAUUUAUCAAAAAUAUAUAAUUCCUAGAAUACUUUGUGAGGUUUACAGCUUAUGUAGCAUUGUAUUUAUAAUGAACAUUGAGAUUUCUGUUCUGUAAUUAGCAUAUUUAGUUUGUGAGUAUAAUAAAUGUGAGAGAGUAAAACGUUUUUACUGUAAUGUUGAAUUAAAAUACUGUAUAUGAGCUCAAUACAUAGAAAAAAAUAAACUUAUAAAUAAAUAUGUUUAA